AUGCCUCGAGUCGCCCAGGGUCACCGCAGGAGUAUGAGUAGAGUGCCUUCUGGCUCUCUGCUUGCGUCGCCUUUCAAAUCGCCAGUAAAAAUCCCCCUCAACGACGAUGCCCACGAAAAGGCGCAGCGAUCCCACGGCCGCAAGGCUGACCACGAAGCCCAAAGCAACCAGCUGAGGGCCGCCGCGACAAACACCCCACGAAAGUCGAGUUCCUCGUUUAACGACCUCCAGGAUGCCGAGCCGCCAGGAUCCAGUCCGCGCACUCCGCGCCGCCGAAAGAGUGGUGCCCACACUAUCAUCAUGGACGACGACGAGCCGCUCAUUGUGGGCGGGAAGGCCGUUACCCCGAUGAAGCGGGUGCCCAUCCUCGCCAACUUUGAAGAGUGGAUGAAGAUGGCCACCGAUAACAAGAUCAACGCCGCCAACUCGUGGAAUUUUGCCCUUAUCGACUACUUCCACGACAUGUCUCUGCUCAAGGAGGGCGACGGUGUUAAUUUCCAAAAGGCCAGCUGCACGCUUGACGGCUGUGUCAAGAUCUACACGAGCAGAGUUGACAGUGUCGCCACCGAGACGGGCAAGCUGCUGAGCGGGUUGGCGGAUAGCCGCGACAACAAGAGGAAGGGCCGCGACGGCGAUGAGGAAGAGGAGGAGGAGGAAGACGAGGUCGAUGAGGAUGGAAAUGUUAGGAAGAAGGCCAAAAAGAAGACUCAGAGAUCCUCCGAGGCCACCCUUGCGCCAUCUUUUGCGUCACUGCAACUCAAAAAGCUCGAGCUUGAAUUCGCAGUUGACCCGCUCUUCAAGAAAGCAUCCGCCGACUUUGACGAGGGCGGCGCAAAAGGCCUCCUUCUGAACCACCUCAUGAUCGACUCACAGGGGCGCAUUGUGUUUGACAGCAGCGACGACGCCGAGGACGUGGCCAGUUCCAAAUCCCGCGAGCGGGGCCGUAGCGAAGAUAUCGAUGGCGAGGAUGAGGAUGGCGAUCUUUCAAUGGCCGAUCGGGAGCUGACUCCGGUGCCGGAAGAACCGGAGGACGAGGGAGACGUCGAGAUUGACGUUGGCGGCCUGGGCGCAAGAUUCUUCCCGGACCUCGGCCUCUUGGACAGCAUGGACGUCUGCCCCUCGCUCAAAGCAUUCGACUUAGGCGACCCCUCUGGCUCUUUGGACAUACCCUUCCUCAGGGCACCCGACGACUGGCGUGACCAAGAUAAGGAAAAGACCCCAGGGCCCGGCGGGAUUGGCGACAAAUCGGGCAUGUUUAUCGAUGAGGAAAACCCUCUUGGCUUCGACGACGAAGACGGGCUCGGGACUUUCGACUUGGGUGGAGAUGGAUGGGCGAUGGUGCUGGCGCUGACGGGGAAGGCGAUGGCGCCCGAUAUGCUCGACACUGGGGACGGCGACUAUGCCAUCUCCAUGACACACGCUCAAAAGGCCGACAGGAUGCACGAGGACAUCCUCGGUUACUUCGACCAAGCCCUGCAAAAGAACUGGAGCAGCGCCGAGCACUGGAGGAUACGAAAGAUCAAGGACGUAAACAAACCCACCGAGCCGGCAAGGCAGCGCAAAGAAAAGCAGCCGUUCGAAAUCGACUUUGCCGCCCCCCUCGACCCCGCCGUGGCCGAGGUCAUCUACACCCAAGCCUCAAGCAACUCGACCAUCUCCCUCUCGAAGAAAGACUGGAAAUCUAAAUCGCGUAACCUCCUCCCCGACGACAAGCAUUUCAGCUCCAAACAAUUGCUCAACCUCUUCCUGAAGCCCAAAGCCCGCAUGGGCCGCCGGCGCGUCCUAGGCGGCGGAAGCAGGAUAGGCAACAUGGACUCGCAACGCCAGCAGAACGACGUUCCCGAAGGCGAGAUGGAUGAGGCAUUCUGGGCCUCGCAGAAGGCACCUCUCCAAUCCGCCGAACACGGCUCCUCUCCCGACGAAGGCCUGCCGCAAGGUGACUACGACGCCAACUUCUUCCAGGACGACGGCCUGCCUUUCGCCGGCGGCGGCGGUCUGGGCGAUGACGACGACGACAUGGACGAGUUUGCGGACGCCCGCGAGCACUUCUCGCCCGAGGCCGGCGGGCCGAUGACCGACGUGGGCAUGACGGGCGCGUUUGGCGGGCUGACGGUGACCAACCCGGCCGAUCUGGCGUUUGGGACUAUGCUGGUGACGCAGAACAGGAGGGCCAGGCCCGAGUAUGUGCAGUACGCGCGCGUGGCGAAGAAGGUGGAUGUCAGGCGGCUGAAGGAGGAGAUCUGGAAGGGGAUAGGUUUGGAGGAGCUUGAGGAGCAAAACAACGCGGCAAACAACAGCCGCCUCAUGACCCCCACCUCGCCCGAGAAACCCGCCUCGUCUCGCAGCGGAGAGGACCCGACGUUGAAGUUUACCGAGGUCAUGACUGGCCUGCAGCGUGUCUACGCGAAGCCGGUCAUGGACGACAUCUCGACCAGCUUCUGUUUCAUUUGUUUGUUGCACCUGGCCAACGAGAAGGGCCUUGUUAUCUCCAAGACGGAGGGGUUGGAUGAGUUGUUGAUCAAGAAGGACUGGAAUGCGGAGAUUACGGAGGGGGAGUAA